UAUAUGCCUAUCACCUGUUGCGUCCACCCACGGCCAUCUGGCCCUGAAUCCCUGCCCUUGCAUUGAGCCUGCUGCUUGCUUCUUGCUUGUCUCUGGACACAACUCCAAUCACCCUGCUGUUAGACCUGUUCCUGACUUGUCCUCCCGGGAGUCUUUUUGGCCAAAGUUCUCCCACCAGACCUGCUCACCAUGUCCGCUGCACCUGGCCUUCUGCGUCAGGAACUGUCCUGCCCGCUGUGUUUGCAGCUGUUCGACGCUCCAGUGACGGCUGAGUGUGGCCACAGUUUUUGCCGUGCCUGCCUGAUUCGAGUGGCAGGGGAGCCUGCUGCGGACGGCACUGUUGCCUGUCCCUGUUGUCAGGCACCUACACGGCCACAGGCUCUAAGCACUAACCUCCAGUUGGCACGCCUUGUGGAGGGUUUGGCGCAAGUGCCCCAAGGCCACUGCGAGGAGCACCUGGAUCCACUGAGCAUCUACUGCGAGCAGGACCGCACACUUGUGUGUGGUGUGUGUGCCUCGCUCGGUUUGCACCGUGGUCAUCGUCUUCUGCCUGCCGCCGAAGCCCACGCACGCCUCAAGACACAGCUUCCACAGCAGAAGAUGCAGCUGCAGGAGGCAUGCAUGCGCAAGGAGAAGAGUGUAGCGUUGCUGGAGCAUCAGUUGGUGGAGGUGGAGGAGACAGUGCGCCAGUUCCGGGGAGCUGUCGGGGAGCAGCUGGGGAAGAUGCGGAUGUUCCUGGCUGCCCUAGAAAGUUCUUUGGACUGUGAAGCAGAAAGGGUUCGGGGUGAUGCUGGGGUUGCCUUGCGUCGGGAGCUGUCAAGCCUGAACUCUUACCUAGAGCAACUGAGGCAGAUGGAGAAGGUGCUGGAGGAGGUGGCUGACAAGCCACAGACAGAAUUCCUCAUGAAAUUCUGCCUGGUGACCAGCAGGCUGCAGAAGAUCCUGUCAGAGUCACCACCACCGGCAAGGCUAGAUAUCCAGCUGCCUGUCAUCUCAGAUGACUUCAAAUUCCAGGUGUGGAGGAAGAUGUUCCGGGCUCUGAUGCCAGCGUUGGAGGAACUGACUUUUGACCCCAGCUCUGCGCACCCGAGCCUGGUCGUGUCCUCCUCUGGUCGCCGAGUGGAGUGCUCGGACCAGAAGGCGCCGCCAGCGGGAGAAGACACGCGCCAGUUCGACAAGGCGGUAGCGGUGGUGGCGCAGCAGCUGCUGUCACAGGGCGAGCACUAUUGGGAGGUGGAGGUGGGCGACAAGCCGCGCUGGGCCAUGGGAGUGAUGGCGGCUGACGCUUCCCGCCGUGGCCGGCUGCACGCGGUGCCCUCACAGGGGCUGUGGCUGCUCGGUCUGCGCGAUGGCAAGAUCCUGGAGGCGCACGUGGAGGCCAAGGAGCCUAGGGCACUGCGCACCGCAGAGAGGCCGCCGGCGCGCAUUGGCCUCUACCUAAGCUUCGCAGAUGGCGUCCUGGCUUUCUAUGAUGCGAGCAACCCCGAUGUCCUUACGCCGCUCUUUUCUUUCCACGAGCGUCUGCCCGGGCCCGUGUAUCCCAUCUUUGACGUGUGCUGGCACGACAAGGGCAAGAAUGCUCAACCUCUGCUGCUUGUGGGGCCGGAGCAGGAACAGGCCUGAGCUCCUGCCGACUGGGAGGGAGGCCUGGUCCUGAAGGCGGUGGGAUCACUUAGGCCACCUUUGUUAGGUCUGGAUGGGUUGGGUGGGGGCGGAUUUCUAGGGCCGAAGACUAGGCUGAAGGUGGCCAGGAAGGGGGUGUUUGUCUUAUAGAGUUCAGGGGAGUGCACAGGGGACCGACGUGAGGAAUAGAGGGAAGAUUACUCAGGUCAGUGAGGAAAUCUGAGUUUGGGCCAAGAGUUCCAGGAGGAAGCUGAGGUUUAGGGAGGCUGGGGAGAGGAUAGGAUUUGGCAAGGAUUUAGUGGAGGAUCUUGGGAAGUCUAUGGAACAAUGGUCCCUUCAGCCCUGCAAUCCACUCCUGAAGGCCCCCUCCUUUUCAAGGUUGCAGAUUCCUCAUACCCGAUGGGUUUUCAGUCAAUGCUCGUAUCUAACGGCCUUUUCAAAGCCCCCAGCAGUCCCGAGAGGGUGCUGGGUGCAUGGCUAUAAUCCCAGCAUCCAGGAGGCUGAGGCAGGAGGAUGACAAGUUGAAAGCCAGCAGCAGGACUCUAUCAAAAACAACAGGGGAAGGGGUCAGAGAGGGCUUCUUUUUUUUUUUUUAGGUAUUUACUUCAUUUACAUUUCAAAUGCUAUCCUGGAAGUCCCCUGUACCACCCCCCCUCCCCUCCCCACCCACUCCCGCUUCUUGGCCCUGGUGUUUCAUAGAAAGUUUGCAGCAGAGAGGGCUUCUUGAAGCUGCAGAGAGCUGUAGAGAUGGCUCGUGUUAUGGGGACUUGCUGCUCUUGCAGAACGUUGAGGAUCCUCCAAUCACAAUGAGUUUGACGGUCUCUUCCAGCCUCUGUGAGCACGGUGGCACACGGAUACAUGUGCCGGCAGAACACUGACACAUGUUAAAAAAUAAACAGAUUCCCUCUCUA